CAGGCCGUUUUAUCCGCCAGCUCCUGAUUUCCCUCGUAGCGCAUCAUCUUGUGUCGAAUGUGUUUAAAUAUCCUUUUUUAUGAAAAGUACCGUAAAUUAAAGGAUUUUUCCGAUCUAGAAAUCCGAGAACAUUCCACCAGUUUGCCGAGAGAAUUGCACAAUUUAUUUUGUUUUGAUUCACUUUCAGCAGCCAGCAGUGACAGAUCUUGCAAUCGCAGAAGCACCGGAAUCAGAUGUUUUUGUUUACAAAUCCUUCAUCAUUCGUCUGUUUUUUCGGUUGCAUUUUGCUUAUCCGUAUAUUUUUAGGAUAAUAUGAUCAAAAUUUAGGGAAAUUUUGAUUUUUAGGAAAAAAGUUGUAUGAAACUUGUGUUACAAUCCUUUGAAAUUUCGAAAACAAGUCAAAGUUCAGGCUUAUAAUCAUGUUCACAAAACUACGUCACAUUCGCCAGAUCAGCACCAAAAUUCCCUUAGACCCAUCAAAAAUCUCAAUCUACUCAUGCAAAACACGCGGCAAAGCCUCACUAAACUUGGUCAACCCAUGGACAUCCACUUUCUACACAUGCGGCCCCACAGUAUACGAUUCGGCCCACAUUGGCCACGCCAGUUGCUACGUACGUUUGGAUAUCGUGCAGCGAAUAUUGCGCGACCACUUUCGGUUGAAUCUGGUGACGGCGAUGAACAUCACCGAUAUCGAUGAUAAAAUUAUAAAACGAGCUGCCCAAUUGGGGAAAACUUGGGAGCAGAUUUCCCAGCAAUAUGAGGAGGAGUUUUGGUCCGACUUGGAUCGAUUGAACGUCCUAAGACCGGAUAUUAAACUGAGAGUCACCGACCACAUGACCGACAUCAUUGGUUUUAUAAACACUUUGAUAGAAAAAGGAUUCGCUUAUAAGUCAGUGAACGAAUCCGUUUAUUUCCGCACUGCCAAGUACCCGACUUACGGAAAACUUCAGAACAUACCAGAGCACCCUAAAUCCAGCGGUGGAGCAAAAGAAAAUACCUCAGAUUUUGCACUCUGGAAAGCCGCUAAACCGAAGGAACCAUUCUGGGAGGCACCGUUUGGUCCAGGUCGUCCUGGGUGGCACAUCGAAUGCUCAAGUCUGGCAACCAGAUUGUUCGGAAGCCGGAUAGAUUUCCACGCCGGUGGUUUGGACCUUCGGUUUCCACAUCACGAGAACGAGGAGGCACAGAGUUGCUGCUAUCACAGCGUGUCAGAUUGGGUUACCCAUUGGCUUCAUACCGGGCAGCUUCACCUGGACGGACAGGUUGAGAAAAUGUCGAAAUCGCUGAAGAAUACCAUCAGCAUUGGGGAGCUGUUGGAAAAGUUUACCGCUGAUGAGUUCCGGAUGCUGUGUCUACUGUCGCACUAUCGCAGCUCAAUUGUUUACGGUGAUGAAUCUAUGGCCGUGGCAACGAAUACCUUGAAAAAGUUCCACUCCUUUAUGGAUGAUUCCAGGGCUUAUGUGAGUGGUGCAAAGAAAGUUGUUCCUUUAGAUGUGAAUCAAAUUCAAGAGAAGCUUGAAGAAGUUGACUCCAAGAUCAACGAAUAUCUGAGUAAUGACUUCAACACUGCAAACGUGAUAUCCGCGCUAGGAGAACUUACAAGUUCAAUUAACAAAAUGAUCAAUCAGAAAGGAAACGAUUUAAUAGUAGCCUCAGAAGUCGGACCAAUUCAAUCUGUCGCAAACUAUGUCCGAUCGAAGUUUGACCUACUGGGACUCGUGUCGUUUGGACCAUCCAAAAACGCCUCAACAUCCGAAGAAUCUCAUCAAUCCCUUGAGAAGCUUAUCGAGAGUGUUCUGCAGAUUCGUGGAUCCAUUCGAGGGCAGGCUAUGGAAACCAAAAACCGGCAGCUGUUUGGUUUGUGUGACGAGAUACGGGAUCAGCUUCGACAAGCUAAUGUAGAGAUCAAGGAUCAUGGCAAAACUUACUCGUGGAGUUUUUUGAAGCGAUAGUUUGUAAGGCAUAGUUUAGGCAAACAAUGUUACUUUAUUCAUAGGACAAAACAAUGGCAGAAUAAAUUUGUUAAAUUAGUCGGUACUAAACA